AUGUUUACUCCAUCACCAUCACCACAUCCUUCUCCAAAUAACAGUCACACCACGCGGCCAACUUCAUCCCUUGAAACCCCCAGAAGCAAAGCAAUUCCCAAUCAAUCUACAGCAGGCACACUUGGCGUUGAACCCUCAUCCCCAGCCCCAGAGACUGAUCCUUCUGCACCUGAACUCAAGUGGCGCGGGGUGGAUGAAAUCAGAGGUACUCUCAAGCACAUUAGAGCCAGGAUAGACCAGCUACAGACGGAGCACUCUUCCAUUUGUGGCAACUCCCCUAACUUGGACACUCUCCAUGACCUUUACAUCAUGGGUCUAAAAGCCUUUGCCCAGGAAGCCAAUGAUAAGCUCAACAAGGCCAAGGCUGAGAAAAUGAACUACGUAUCUGGCCCGAUCGACAUUCCAGUACCAGCCAACAUUACUCAGCCACUGGAUCCACUCAAGCCCCAGGUCCAAGGCUUUGACUCAACCAACCAAUCGACUGUUCAUGCGGACCUUGAAUCCCAGUCUCUGGUUACAGUUGCCGACUCCUUCCAAACGUCACCUCCCCAAAGCAUCCCUGAUCUCCCACCGAAAAUGAUCAACAUCCUGACUCGACCUGAGGAGCAACUGAAGACCCACAAGUUGGGGUUAGCUGUAUUAUUCCUGCAGCUUAGCCACCGGAUGGCUCGGCCGCCAAGAACUCUCUUAUCCGCCCAACCAACCGACCGGUUUUCCAUAGAUCUCACCCAGUCUGAUGAUGAAUCCCAAGACCUUGCUACAUCCGCCGCAAACAGCUCUCAGGAAGAAUUUACCAGAUCAACUCUUUCAGACAAUGACCAGACAAACCUGUCCACAUCGACCUCGACCUCGAAGGAUCUCGAACAGGAAAAUACCAACACUGCUUUGAACCCAAACCGUAAUGCUGUGGAAUCUCAGAACUCCUUCAGUCAAGCGGCAGUAAUUGUGGACAACCAACUCAGAGACCAUACAUGUCUCUCGCCAAAUCCUGAGCUGGGGAGUGAACAGCUCCAGGCCGAUCAUCCUCCCUACACGAGCGGUCGAUGCACGUCAUCAACGCCUCAGGAUGAGACAGAGCAAGAAGGUGUUGAUGAAGAAAUGAACGUCGCAGAACGGGCCACUGGAAACGGUAGCCAGGUUCAACAAUCGAAUCAAUCUCAGAAGACAGGUCCAGCAGCUGAAACUUCAAACUCUGUUGCUGGGGAGACCGCCAAUCCGGAUCGUCGUGCUAGCGGUCAACGUACGUCGUCAACGCCACCAGACCAGACCGAGCGGGAAGGCGACGAUGAAGACAUGAAUGACAAAGAACAGCCCGCUGGAAAUGGUAGCCAGGCCCAGCCGUCAACUCCAUCUCAGAAGACAGGCCAAGCUGCUGAAACUCCAAACUUUGUUGCUGGGGAAACUGCUGAUCCGGAUCGUCGUGCUAGCGGUCAACGGACAUCGUCAAGCGGUCAACCCUCGUCGUCAACACCUCAUGAUGAAGAACAAGGUCAAGCUGCUGAAACUCUGAACUCUGGUGGUGGAGGGACCCCUGAUCUGGAUCUUUGUACCAGCGGUCAACGCAUGUCAUCAACGCCUCCGGACCAGACAGAGCGGGAUGGUGGUGUUCAUGAAGAACCGGCCACUGGAAACGGCAGCCAGGCCCAACAGCCGACUCAAUCUCAGAAGACAGGUCAAGCUGCUGAAACUUCAAACUCUGUUGCUGGGGAGACUGCCAAUCCGGAUUGUCGUGCUAGCAGUCAACGCACGUCAUCAACACCUCCAGACCAGACCGAGCGGGAUGGCGACGAUGAAGAAAUGAAUGACGGAGAACGGGCCACUGAAAACGGUAGCCAGGCCCAACAGUCGACUCAAUCUCAAAAGACAGGCCAAGCUGCUGAAAAUCCAAACUCUGUUGCUGGGGAGACCGCCAAUCCGGAUCGUCGUGCUAGUGGUCAACGCACGUCGUCAACGCCACCAGACCAGACCGAGCAGGAAGGUGACGAUGAAGAAAUGAACGACAAAGAAAGGGCCACUGAAAAUGGUAGCCGGGACCAACAGUCGACUCAAUCUCAGAAGACUGACCAAGCUGCUGCGGAUCUUCGUACUAGCGGUCAACGCACGUCAUCAACACCUCCAGACCAGAGCGAGCGGGAGGGCGACGAUGAAGAAAUGAAUGACGGAGAACGGGCCACUGAAAACGGUAGCCAGGCCCAACGGUCGACUCAAUCUCAGAAGACAGGCCAAGCUGCUGAAAAUCCAAACUCUGUUGCUGGGGAGACCGCCGAUCCGGAUCGUCGUGCUAGUGGUCAACGCACGUCGUCAACGCCACCAGACCAGACCGAGCGGGAAGGCGAUGAUGAAGAAAUGAACGACGAAGAACGGGCCACUGAAAAUGGUAGCCGGGACCAACAGUCGACUCAAUCUCAGAAGACGGCUGGAGCCACAGGUGUUAACAGCGGGUCUCAAGAAAUUACUCAAUCUGAGAACAGAGGUGGCGACAGGGAAGGCAACUCGGAAGGUCUGAACUUGGCAGACACCACCGACCGACAGCAAGAAGAGACGGCCAACCGCAAUGGCAACACUGGUGGAGCUUCUCAGCGCCCCAAAAGAAACACCAGCAAAUCGAACCCUCACGUCCAAUCCCAAAGCUCCUCGUCCAAAAAACGCAAGUCUCACGUUAAAGCGCCCAAGCCUCAAUCCAAACGUCAGAAAGGUGGAGAGCCCCCGGAUGCACCAGACACUACAAACAAUACUGAUUUCGCCCCAAGAAAAAAACAGCAAUUUGGAUGGUGGAAAAUAGAUCAAUUUUCUGGCACUUUUUUACAAGAUGCCUCAGGAGUAAAAAAUUAG